AUGGCGGGCAUGCUCUGCGUCGCCCUCCUCCUCACGUCCCUGAUCUGGACGGCCGGCUCUGCGGGAGAUGGCCGCCGGCAGCAGCAGCUCACCGCAGUGCCGCCGAGGGGCUGGAACUCGUACGACUCCUUCUCGUGGAUCAUCGACGAGGCCGCGUUCCUCGACAACGCGCAGAUCAUGGCCAACAGGCUGCUUCCCCAUGGAUACCAGUACGCGGUGAUAGACUUCCUGUGGUACCGGAGGAUCGCUGCCGGCUCGGGGGUGGGCGCGUACGGCUUCGACAGCAUGGACCAGUGGGGGCGCCCGUACCCUGACCCGCAGAGGUUCCCGUCGGGCCGAGGUGGCGGAGGGUUCAGGCCGAUCGCCGAUAAGGUCCAUGCCAUGGGCUUGAAGUUCGGCAUCCACCUCAUGAACGGGAUCAGCACCCAGGCCGUCAACGCCAACACGCCCAUCCUCGACGUCCGCACGGGAAAAACCUAUGUAGAGAAUGGCCGACAAUGGAGGGCGCGUGACAUAGGCCUCACCCACAGGACAUGUGCGUGGAUGCCAAAAGGAUUUAUGAGUGUAAAUACCGACUUGGGAGCCGGACGAGCAUUCCUAAGGUCUCUCUACCGGCAGUAUGUCGAUUGGGGUGUCGAUUUCGUAAAGCUAGAUUGCAUCUUUGGCACGGAUUAUAGCCCGAAAGAGAUCGUGGCCGUUUCAGAGAUCCUGAAAGAGCUUGAGAGACCAGUCGUCCUAUCCAUCUCCCCAGGAACCGCUGUCACUCCAGCAUUAGCUGAGAAUAUCACACAACAUGUUGACAUGCAGUACAGGGUAACAGGAGAUGAUUGGGACAGCUGGAAAGAUGUUCGCCCACAUUUCGAUGUCGCCAGAUCAUUUGCUGCUGCGAAUAAGAUUGGCGCCCCCGGAUUGCGAGGGAGGUCUUGGCCAGACUUAGACAUGCUUCCAUUUGGCUGGCUUACUGAUGCAGGCGCUAAUCAGGGCCCUCACAGAACCACUAGCCUUACAUUUGACGAACAAACAACACAGAUGGUACUUUGGUCAAUGGCUAAAUCACCGCUCAUGUAUGGUGGGGACUUGAGGCAUCUCGACGAUCGCACAUUCAAUCUAAUUACCCACCCUACUCUCCUGAAGAUAAAUCACCACACCAGAAACAACAUGGAGUUUGGUUAUAUUCAUAGUGAGAGGGCUUCAAAGCCAGAUGAACAAUCGGGUCGCUCAAAGUCCGGCUAUCCGGUGGACGUGACAAACAAUGGUGGAAUGGUUGUUGGUCUCGGUACAUGCAGCGAUAAGAGUGCCAGUGGAUGGCACAGUUCCUCAGAAGAUCGCAUUUGCAGAAGCCAUGGAAUCCAGAAUGGCAAUACCUCGUUUUGCAUAUCCAAAGCAAAACUUCUUCCAACAUCGUAA